GCAGAGCUGGGUGGACCUGUUAUUCCCGGCGUCGCAGGUGUCGGGAUCGUCUUUCCUAUCUGGAAAGUACCUCUACCGUGGAGCUCUGUAGAACGACUCGCCUGUCGGCUAGACGGUCCGCGGCUCAGCAUCGUGAAGCGCGUCAGAUGGGCGCUGCACAGGGGCUGAAAACAGCAGCACGAAGCGCCCACCCCACCUUUGAGGAUGACUGUGUUUCUGGUCGUGGAAUUGGCUCUGUUAUUAUGCAGCGCCGGGACAGCGCAGCCGGCGCCGAGUGCAAGCGCAUCACCGGAGGCGCCUGCUGGAAGGAGCCCCCGCUCGCCGUCCGAGCUGAUCAAUGCCACCAUGCUUAAUCAUCUACCGGAGGACAAGGUUGGGGUGGAGUUGGCAGCGCUCCUGCGAUCGGCCGGGCCCGAUACCGGCAGUGCACCCUCCACAGCUGCAGCUCCCGGAGUACCUGAGGCGGCUACAAGAAUAACAGGCAAGCCGGUCGCCAGAUCCGCAUCUGUUGCGUCGUCUGCUGUCACCGCUCCGGCUACGGAAGCGGCCCCCGACAUUACGGCCAAUGCAGCGUCCCUAAGAAGCGCCGCUUUCAGCACAAAGAGCCGACAAGCUGAGGUCCCCUGUAACUGCAGUGGUGAGGGGGCUCUAGACCCAGAUGAUUGUGACCGGGACACGGGUCAGUGCGCCUGUCUGCCAGGGUACUCCGGGACCCAGUGUGACGUGUGUGAGGAUGGCCACUUCAACAACGGCUCCACGGGCUGCCUACCCUGUGCGUGUGACUCCUUCGGUGCCGUGGACCACCGGUGUGACAGCUCUGGGGCCUGCACAUGUAAGGUGGGGGUGUACGGGCCACAGUGCGAUGAGUGCCACCCGGGCUUCUACCACUUCAGCAACACCGGCUGCCAGCCCUGCCAGUGCCACAACCACUCCAGCUACUGCCACCCACAGUCUGGCAUCUGCUUGGACUGCCAAGGCAACACGCAAGGAUCCAGCUGUGAGGAAUGCAGGCCACGUUUCUACAGGCCGCCUGAUGUUAGUCCGUCAGACGACUGUGAGCCCUGCCCCUGCUCCAGCAUCGCCUCCACGGGAACCUGUCAUGUUGGUCUCGAUGGGCUCCCAGCAUGUGACCAGUGCCAUGCAGGUUACGCCGGCACCACCUGCGGGCGCUGCUCGGACAGCUUCUACGGCACCAGCGGUUCCUGUCGCCCAUGUGACUGCAGUGGUAACGCGGACCCUGCCACAGCACCCCGUCUCUGCCACCCCGACACGGGCAGCUGCCUGAGCUGUGCCAACAACACGGCAGGGGUACACUGCGAGCUGUGUGCCCCGGGGUACGCAGGCAACGCCCUCGGGGGAGGCUGCAUGCUUGCAGCGAGGUCCCCACCCACGCCCCCACCUCGAACCACCACGAUCGUGACAACGACGGCACCCGUCGCACCGGCCGCUUCCCCCAGCGAUCGCCAGGGUGGCGCCUCCAGGUCAAACUCCAGCGACUCCAGCGGCCCAUUGAUGCCCACCCUGCUGGGCGGCACCGUGGACAACUCCACUGCGACCAUUGCCGUGGUCACCUGGGCCCAGUUCAACGUCAUCAUCCUGGCCGUCAUUGUGGCAACUGUAGCUCUGCUGAUGGGUGCUGCUGCCGCGGUCUACGCCUACCGCGAGUACCAGAACCGCAAGUUGAAUGCACCAUUCUGGACCAUCGAGCUCAAGGAGGACAACAUCAGUUUCAGUAGUUACCAUGACAGCCUGCCCAACGCUGAUGUGUCGGGUCUCCUGGAAGACGAGGCUGGCCAGGCCGCCCCCAAUGGCCAGCUAGCUCUCAGCAGCCCUGCCAGUGUCUACAAGGUGUAGGACAGGGGGGCGUUCCCUUGGCAAUGUCCUGCCCUGCCCCAAAGGGGAUGUGUGGCUGGCUUUUUAAAAAAAAAAAAAAACAUCCUGAGUGCCCAACCAGGGGGUGCACCAGACUAAGGAUAUGCACAGACCCCCCUCCCCCCCCGCCCCCUCAACCUUUGACACCUUUCCCUGACCGGAGACCUGUGGUAUGUGCACCUUACAGGAGAUCUGGGGAGGGGGGGGGCUGCCCAUUGCCUCCCAGCUGGAAAGGAGUGGCCCCCAUGUGGAGAGGCAGGGAACUGAGUGUAAAGUACAAAGGACCAGCUGGAAAUGCACACAUAUGCACAUGCACGCAUUCUCACAUACACACACACACUUAUUUAAAACACAGAGGAAUAUUUUCCUCUUGUGACCUUCUGAACUUUGCAUUAAUGGGAAAAGGGCAAUAAGCAGGACAAGCAAAUAAUGAAGAUGGAUGAAAACAUUUUAAGCCUGACUAAUGUACUGCACUGGUGAAUCUUCGCAGAAUCUCGGUCUUUUAUGAAAGUCUUCAUCUAAACUUUUCCCAGGUAUGACUUGGACAUAUACCUUGAAGGUUAAAAAAGCAUUUAAAAAAAUGGAAUUCCACCUGACCUGCAAUUCAGCACUUUGACACUAGAGGACAGUGCUGUCUCAAUACUCGCGCUGUCAAGCUAUGUCGCGCGUUCUGUAAAAGAAUAUUUACCCCGGAGGAGUAACAUUUUUUCGGGGGGCAUGGGGGUGAUCUCAGACAUGUCCAUUACACUGCAGGGAGGACGGUGCCUGUCACCAGAGGAUAAACAAGACAAUGUUGAAAUUGAGGAAAGAAAAACAUGUUUUAGUGUUAAAGAGCUGAAAAGAACUGGCACAGAUCGUAAUUUUAUUUGCUUUAUUUUUAUUUAAUUUAUUGUGAUUUUGUUUUUAAUAAUCUUUCAUUGCGAGAACAUGUUGCACAUUUCUUGUACCGUUCUGAUUUUUGCCGUCGUUGGUUGCUGAAUGUCCAACACUGUGCUGAAGGCAGACUAAAUUGGAUAUGCCCUCCUCUGUGGGCGCUCUGUGUGGUUUGUAAUGGUGAGACACACACACACAGACAGACACACACACACACAGACACACACACACACAGACACACAGUCGUGUGAUCAUAUCUUUUUGGGGACUGCUCAUUCAUUUCUAUGGGAAAAAUGCUAAUGCUAACUGACAACCUUAACCCCUACCCAGCCAUAACUAUAACCAUAAGUAACCAAACAGAGAGUCUUUGCAUUUUUAAUUUUCGUUUUUGUAAAGUGGAGUUUUCCCUUAUGGACCAGGAAACAUAAGGUAAGGUAUUCCUUGACCACACACACACACACGGAAAGCCUGUUCCUGAAAAAUCUGUUUCUAUUGACUUUCUCACUUCGCCUCUGUGUGUGUGUUGGGGGGGGGGGGGGGUCAGACUGCAUGCUCUGCAAGUCUGAAUUGCACUGUUUGUGUGUGUGAUUUCGGUCAUUUGUAGGGUGCAUGUGCACAGUAGGUGUGCUCAGCAAUGUGCAUCCUCAGACCACACCCACCUGCCUGCCUUAGGGUCUGAGAAAUUACAGCCACUUCAAGUCCCUUGUAGCCUGUAACCCUGGGAGAUGUCCCUCGAGCUCGAGGGCGUACUUAUUACAGUGAAUUUCUCAGGUAUUUGGGGUUUUACCAAAACUGGUGUGAUUAAUCUCAUGCUGAUGGCCAUGAUGAUUCCAUAAUGAGUCACAGUCCUGCUACUCGUAGGUUCUGCUUGAGCCUGUGUCUCCAUAUAACCCUUCAUUUCCACGUGAAAUUCCUGACCCAAAUAGGCAGCCGAUGUCUUUGUGUCUUGGGUUUCCUCCUCCUGAGUAUUCAGACUGCCGUUGAGUUGUGUGUGUCAUGCAGAUCGGUGAGGAGAUGCGAAAGAAUCACAGGGCCCCUCCCCGCCCCCACGGCUGGUGAGCUCUUCAUUGGCUUGCGUCUUGGUUCGUCUGUCUGCGUGAAAAGGGGAGAUUUAACAACUUGUGUAUUCAUUUUUGCGGUAAUCAGACUCCAUGGGUAGAUGUUGUUGAUAUAUUGAAAAUAUUGAAUGUUGCACAUUUGUCCAGGAGAAUUUAUUUCAGCUGUGGAAAGUCUGAACAAAUAUAAUUGUAAAACUAUAUAUGACAGUAGAUAAAAAAAAUUUCCAGCGAGAAACCAGCUUAUCAAAUGGUCCAUCAGUAAUGACUGAUGGCUAAUUCUGAGAACUUGCACAGGUGUGUUGAUGUUAUUGGGAUGUAUUGGUAUGAGGUGUUAUGGCAACAUGGAAUCUUUGUACAUUCUUCAAGCUUAACCAAGACAGACGUUUACAUCCAUGAUAAAAUAGUAAAUCUCCAAAAAACAUAUCGUAAUAUUCAAAGUGAAAUUGAAUCACAAAGUGAAGAUAUUCCAUUUGCUGACUCCGAUCUUUUGGAAAAUCAUUGACUGAUUAUGACUGGAAAACAACUGUCUUCCAUAAGGGCAAGAUAUACAGUAGCUGCAACCGGAAGUGUUUUUGGGAGGCAACAAUAAUCCAAAGUACAAGGUACUUACAAGAGGGAAACCCCCUUCUCCUUGUAAUGCUUAACAUUCCGGAGAUGGAACUGGAAACAUAGCCAGUAUUUAACAAUCAAAAAAAUAUAACAUAUACUGAUGUCUUUCUAGUGUUAAAAGUAAAAAGGCAUAUUAAAUAAUAUUUAUAUAUUAAACUAGACUGACAUGAUUAUGAAAAUGCCUUUAGCAAAAUAUUAAAAAUAAAAUCUUAAGGGAACACAAAAGCAAAUAAUUCAUAAUCAGAACGCAGAACAAGAAUAGGUCCCCAGCAAUUUAAUCACAGUGCAACAUGGUUUUGGAAAUUAUGCAUAAUCUUUGUUUCCCUUGCUGGUGACGCAUUUAAGCUUUCUGGCAUGGUUAAAUCUACGUGACAUUUGACUAUAUGUUGAAAAAUCAUAAACUCACAGCUUGCAGUAACCUAUAGAAAAUGAAACAGCUGGACAGGAGAAAGCGGUUAUGGAACUCAGAGGACAGUCAAUAGAUUCAUUUCUUGACCUUUGUUUAUAGGUUGUAAAUAAUAAUGGGGGGUGGGGGGGGCAGUGAAUUGCUCAGUCGGCUAAGCCUCUGUGCCUGUGGGCAGAACGUCACUGGUUUCAGCCUGGCUUUGGCACGUCUGCGGGUUUUUAAAGCAAGUGCCUUAACCCCAGCUCCCUGGGUGUUGCUAUGGGUGGCUGCCCUUCACUGCCAGCUUGCUCUCCCCUACAGAGAGGCGUAAAGAGAAUUUCAUCACAGUGAUCAAUAAAGUAUCUAUUAUUAUUAUUAUUAUUAUUAUUAUUAACUGUUGAUCACUGAUUUCUCUAAUGACAGGUUUUCUUUUCAUAAUGAAAUCAUUCUCAUGUGACAGUGUUACAUUUUGGUGUUACUGAAUCCGCUCAAUUGACAUCUGAACCCAGCAUUGGUUCCCAAGCUGGAAUCAAGCUUCUGUUCACCCUCUUCAUGAUAACUGUAGGGGUGGUGUAUGGCUGAGGGGGUUGGGACACUGCACCUUUGAUCAGAAGGUCAUAGAUUCAGAUCCCAGGGUCAGCAGAGUGAUUUCACUAUUGGGCCCCUGAGUGAGGCCCUUAAGUCCUCAGUGCUCCAGGAACUGUCUGACUCUGCUUAUUCAUAAUGUACUUUGCUUUUUGUCUGCAUAAAAGUGUCUAUUGAUCCCUGUGAAGGCCAACAAUCCCCUCCUCAUUGUGGGAUUGUGGAUCACUUAAAUCUGACAGACUUCCCUACUCAAUUUUGUAACACUGUGUAUGAUGCCACUGGAAACAUCUUCCAUUUGGUUUGGGCUUUGAAUCAGGCAAUCUUUUAGGGAAUCUGGCACACACACGCACACACCCCCCAUCGGAUCAAGGAGCUCAACCUAAGGAGUCUACCCAACACCCACUGUGGAUUCUAAAGAGGGUUAAACAUCUGCUGAAAGGAGCUGAUGCUGCACAAAACACAAGCUGCGAGUUAAUGUUUGGGACUGAGGUUUUCAGCCGUUUGAUUAAAGAACUCACAGAAUGGAUAAACACUCCAAGCUGCUGAAUGCCACAAGGCGUGACGAUUCCGCAGGCUGGCAAAUACACACUGAAGGUUUAAUUCAACAUGAGUGUAGAGAAAGCUGGUCAGAAUUUGUUUAACGUAAAUUUUUAUUUACUGGUUUUUUUUUAUCAAAGGUAAUUUUUAUAAUUUUGCAUUUAUGAAACUGUAACCUAGACACCUAAACUACUUCUCAUGUCAAUGAUGAUAACUUUUAAACUGCAAACUUCCUGCUGAUGUGAUUAAAAAAUGUUUUCGUUAAUCUUGUAAAGGCAAAACCUGCCUUUUUCCUGGGAAAUCUCCAGUCAGUCACAGUAGGGUUUGAUUCAGUGGGAACCAGCAAAAUAGGCAACAUUAAGAUUAACUUGACUGAUUCUUGGGGAGAUUAUGGUGUAUUUAGCAGGAAGAACAAAGACACAGCUGGGUACAAUUGAGGAAGCCAACGUGGAUAAUCAGGGGGGGUGGCACACACGAGGAUCGUAUGAGCUGGGCGUGACACUAACCCAGUGACCACACAUCGCACCUGAAGUGGGGGUCACAACCUAAUGUUUGUCAAUACUACUUAUGAUUUCCUGUAUUAAUGUUGUACUAUUAUUGAUAUCAGUGUCCAUCUACA